AGCUGGUGCUUAUCUGCGAAUUGCGGAAUAGAAAUGGCGGCUCUCGUCGAAGGUGUACAAUAUGCGUUGUCGUCACAUAGUAAUAUACAAGAAAAUAAGUCGUUAGUGUUUGUGAAACUUACAGAUUCUGCUCACCGGGCUAUUGAAGAACUCCUGAAAAACAGGCAGAAGAACGGCAAGAACCCCACCGUACAGUUCCUAGGAAACGAAGGGCGACUGGUGUUUCCAUCCUUGGAGUCCAGCCAUGGCCAGAAGACCUUCACGUUCAGCUUGUCGAGCAAUGCUGACAUCGAAGGACCCCAGGGCAGUUUUGAGUGCAUACACCAAACAAGUCCAAAGGGUCUGGAGAUGCUGGGCGCACUGCAUUGCAAGAUGCGCAUCCAAGCCAAGGAGGACGUAUACGAGGCCACGAGGCAUCGCAUGGCGGUCGCAGAGGAGAACCACAAGAAAAACUGCACGAGAGAGAUCAAGCCAGGGGGCCCGGGUAUUGGCCUCCACGUGAAGCUGAAACCUCCUUUGAAGAAAGUCGCUUCCCUGCCACCUUCGAGACGAGACCGCAAACCCCCACCCACUGUUCCGCCCAAACCCCCGGUUCAGAACGUGACCAACGGCCACUACGGCGGCUGGAUGAGCAACGGCAACGGCAACGGCAACGGCAACGGCAACGGCAACGGCAACGGGAGCGUACUCCACCAGCCCCCACCACCGCUACCCCCACCACAGCAGGCCCGCGUCCAGCCCAACAACCAUGUCAGGCAACCGGCCAACCCUGACCUCCUGAAGAGGUCUCUCAGGGAAAGGUUAAUACAUCUCUUGGCGUUACGACCGUUUAAGAAACCAGAACUGGUGGAAAGGAUUACGAAAGAUGGGUGCCGAGAGAAGGAUAAGAGCAACAUCAUGAAUGUUGUGAAGACAGUUUCCUUCAUGCGAGACAACACCUACCACAUUCAACGGCAUGUCUGGAGCGAUGUGCAAGAUGACUGGCCAUUUUACACGGAGCACGAGAGACAGCUUAUGAAACGGCGCAAGCCGCAGAACCUGACGCCUCCCGGCAGCAGCGACGGGGGCAGCUCGACGGGCAGCGGCCACUCCCCCUCCAGCACGCUCCCGGGCAGCCCGCCGUCCUCCGUCUCCUCCACGGUGCCCGCCGCACCGUCCCCCAUCACCGGCAACGUCAAGCGGCCGGGCUACGUCGACGGUGCGGACGGGCUCCCGACCAAGCGCCAGCGCAUCUCCCACUAUCGCAAGCCUCCCGAGGUCACCGGCGGCGGCGGCGGUGGGGGCGGCGGUGGGGCGUACCGGAGCCCGGACUCGAGCCACGGGGUGCCGAGGGAUGUGACGAGUGCCGUACCUAACGGGGCCAUGGACAGGAGGUAUCGGGAGGGGUAUUCCAAUAAUGCCGGUCACGCCAACAACAACAACAACAACAACAACAGUAACAGCAACAACAGCAACAGCAACAACAGUGUGGCUAGGUGGGGGGAAAGUGAACCCCGUAACACGACCAGCGUGGUGGCAAACACUAGGAGUGACAGUGACGUGGUGAGCGUGGGUGUCAUCAACCGGAGCGAGAGUCCGACCAUCGUGACGUCGUCGAGCCAGGGGAACCAAGCGAACGGCAGGUGGCACACUACGGAGAGCCCGGCUAGCCCCGACAGUCAGAUGGACCCGGUGCCAGAAUCCAACCAGGAGUCCUCUGUUUACGCGGAGUACCUUACGGCUUACACAACGAUAACGGACAGUAGACAACGUGCCAGGUAUAAAGCAGACUUCAACGCAGAUUACAAUGAGUAUAGGGAACUCCACGCUGUUGUUGAAAAGGUGGCACGAAGGUUUGCAGAGCUGGAGCUGGAACUAAAGAAACAAGAAAAGGGUAGUCAAGGAUAUAAAAGCAUCAAGUCGAAGAUAAUGCGGGAGUAUCACGAGAAGAAGCAGGACCGGGCGCACCAGGAGGCCACGCGCAGGUUCAAGUACCUGCACGAGAAGCUGUCCCACAUCAAGCGACUGGUUCUCGAGUACGACACCCACACGUACUGACCCCACGCCAGUCUCCGCCGCCCGGCGCCGCCCGGACCGCUCACGCGUUUUGGAUCAUCCGACUCCUGGUCGCAGUCUCUGUCCCGUAGAGUUUGUGCCAAGAUUAGUUCUUGUCACACGGCCAUUGUCUGUGUGCGGUAAACAAAUGCUCAUGAUCCCCCCCCCCCCUCUGCCCCGUCUAGAAAGAAAUUUUGUUUGUUGUACGUGUACUUUAAUGCACACGGAGAGUGAUCGUUAAAAAAGUGUGCUCAAGUUGUCUCGUGACUUAUAUGUAUUUUUUUUUUUUUUUGUAAAUGCACAGUGGUUAACUGAUGAGAUUAUGAAACUUUGUUGAUAACUUUAUUUAGUUGUACCUAUAUGUAAUUACGUGGCAGAUUCAAUACAGCUCAUCCUAAUCGCAAAAAGGCAUUUUGUCCAGCACUUAACUAAAGGUUUUUUUUUUUUAACUUAAGUUAAUUUAUAAAAUUGGUUUGAAAUAUUUAGUGCCAUGUGUCUGGUAAAAUCACAGUACCAUUAAAACAUUUGUUUGCACGUCUUUUCACCCUCAACAACUGUAAGGGCAACCUACCCAAUAUGAAAAUUAAUUUGCAGAAUGUAUCAUUUUUAUGGCUCUUAGAUUCAUUCAGCAUUAUUAAGGCAUUUUCGAGCAAUGAGCUGCUCAAAUUUGUCUAAAUACUGAAUGAAUUGAAAUGUUUAUCAUGUCUAAUAUUAAGGCAUUUUAGAGCAAAGAGUUGCUCAAAUUUGUCUAAAUACUAUGGUUCUGCGAAUAUUCGAAAUUUCCGAAUUCGAGUUCAAAUUUUUUGAUAUUCGAUUCGUCAAUUCGAAUCAAAUUCAUUUUACAAUAAUUGGACUUGCAGAAUCUGGCCCGGAUACACUAAUAUAAGAUAUUCCCCCCCAAUGUUUAAAAGAAAUGUAAAUGGACGAUUACAUCUUCCACUUACAAAAAUUAUACAGCGAAACCCCUUAUUUACGUUACCGUUUUUUACAUUUUCCCGUUAUUUGAACCAUUUUAUUUCUGUCCCGUUUUAAUCUCAUUUGAUGAUAUGCAAUAAAUUCCCUUUGUUUACAAUGCGCCUAUUGCUUUACGCAGUUUACGCCGUUCGUUCUGAUAAAACUGUUUACUAACUUAAUUAAUCCUAUUACAAAGUAAUCUGAUGUGUAAAUCGUGUUUUAAAGAUGUUUUUAAAAGUUAUAAACUUUAUUUUUAACGUCUCGGGAGUCACUUUAUACCGCUUAUAAAAGCGUAAGCAGCGCCAGUUUGGUUGUGUUGAUUCCUGUAUUCCUGUAUAGAGUGCACGCACAUAGUCGAAGAUUGAUAUCAACAGCUUGCAGACUGCAUGCACGCGCGCGCUCUGUCAGGAACCGAGUUAACCCGCACGAUCGUUAUGCGUAUAGUUACAAAUAACAUUCUUGUUAAGGGUUUCUUUUUUUUCUAUGUUGAAUAAAAUGGUUUUAUUGCAUCACUCAUUAAUUUAAAUUAUUUGGCGUGCUUUUGCAAAGUCUACUUUUUAAAUAAAUGUACUUUCCAUGAAUAGGUUUUGUUUUUAUGGAUUACUUUACAAUUUUUUUUGCAUAAUAGUAGCAACCACGGUCUCACCCAUAAUUUUCAAACUUGAUUUUAGAAUAAAAUGUGCGACGAUUAUGUGAGAAAACACGGUUAGUUACUUGUUUGGCGUACAGUCCAACACACUUCAACUAGCCUUUUUUUUUUAACUUUUCUAUACAUCCUUUAGCUUUCAUUUUUCAUUGAGUGAACAGCUAGCAGAUAGUUGUUCUUUUGGUAUUUUACACCUUCACCUCAUCAACACCUCGUACGUGCUAACACCGUUAGUCAUUUUCGGCUACUCAGUAUUAAACUGCUAGAAUUCUAAAUGUUUCCUCUCAGUUCUAAAUUUGUCGCGUGUCGAAUAAACUUGAAGUCUGGACACACACAGGUAUCUUGCGUCUGUUUUUAUUCUUGGUAUUAAAUUUUUUGUGAAGAAGUGGACUGGGAUCUCUUUAAACGUUUCAUGCAUAUGGAUUUAUGCAAGGUUGUGAUAGGGAAAUAUUCUGUUCAUCUGUGUUAGUAGAGAGAAACGUGGGUUGGGAGUGCAGGAGGUUUGGAAAUACUGUGUUUUAUCGCAUAAUUGUCACACAUUUGAUACUAAAAUCAAUUUUAAAAUGUAAGGGUGUGACAUUUAUGUGAGAAAGCAUUUUUUGUCAGGUAAAGUUAUUCAUCAAAAACAAAACCUAUUCAAUGAAAGUACGUUCAUUUAAAAAGUAAAGUAUACAAAAGCUUGCCAAACAAUUUAAAUUAAUAAGUCAUGCAACAAAAAUAUUUUGUUCAAUUUUAUAGAGAAAAACCAAAACUGUGACGCGAACGUGAGUCGGAGCGCAUAACUAUCUUCGUAGUACACACCACGAGAAAGCGUGGGCUAUCAAAUGUAGUUAACUUGGCUCUAGACAGAGCACACACGUUGCAUUCAAUCUAUGAACUAUCUGUAUCAAUAUUCAACUACGUGCAUGCGCUCUAUACAGGAAUCAACAUAACCAAUCAUGAAUGAUGCCAAUUAGCGCUGGCUACUUUUUUAUAAGCGGUACACAGUGGCGACUAAGAUGAAAGGUUAUAACGUUUGAAAAUGUCUUUAAAAGAAAAUUUACAGAUCAGACAACUUUGUAUUUCUGUUAAUUAAAUAAUUAAGCGGUAAUAUCAGAAUGAAUAUUGGAUUUCAACUUUAAAAUACAUUGUUUUAUACGGGAAAACUACCUACAAAAAGCACUCGGAAUCUAAAUAAUCAUGCGACGUUUAUGCGAGAAAGUUUUUUCUGCAAGUUUUGAUGUCCUAAAAUAACUGCGACAAUUAUGCACGUGCGACGAUUAUGCGAUAAAACACUGUAUCUGGAACUGCAAAGAUGUACUGUAGUGUGGCUGUGUUUAAAUUUAUAAACUCCACUUGGCUUCUUAAUACUGUAGCCAAGGUAAAAUACACAUUCCCUGUUCACAGAUGAUAUAUCAAAUAGUGUUUUGCUUGUUUUAUUAGCUUUCACUUUUUAAGUUCACAAAAAAAUAUCUAGUUGCUCUUAAUUAUGCUCAACUGAUUGUAUAAAGAUAAACAUGCUUGUUUUGUCCAGUUAGUCUCUAUAAAACUAAAUGAUAUAACUUACGUCAGUAUGCUUUCUCAAGCUGUAUCUAGGAAAGGCUCCUUGUAUGACUGUCAACUUAGAGCAGAAAUAGUUAGAAAUUGUGAGAAGUGGCAGUUGGCUUUCCAGCUAAAUUCAUCUAAGCAGAAAAUUGUUGUCUCAUUUAAAUAAAGAUAUUAUAUAUUGCUUAUUGGUUUUUUGGAUGUGAUAUUUUUGUAGUAUUGUGUUAUAAUUUUGCUGCACCUAUUCAGGCCGUGAAUUGUUUCUGACGAAACCGUGUCGCUUAAUUAGUUCAUUUGUUACAAUCAGGUUGGCUGUGCAUAAAAGUAUACAUUUUAAUAUGUUAUCUCAGAUUGUCUGUUGCUUCCAUUUCAAAAUUUAAAAAAAAAAAUUCCUGAUUAGUGGAAUUAAAGACAAAAGUUUUGGUUUGCAGAAAGUUUGCAUUAGCUUCCAGUUUUGUCUUCCACUUAGGGUGAAUUUCCAGUUUUAUAUAUUCACAAGCUGUUAGGAAUAUUUGAUAUAGUGUAUUUCAGUUAUUUACACCAGCUAUGGUUGUGUCUAGCAUAUUUUGGUUGUUGCAAGUAUUCUUACCUCCAGAUGACUUAAUAAUAUGUGAAUUGAGUUUUUUUUUUUUACAAGUGGUAUUAAAUUGUCUUCCAGAGUAUCCAUUUGUUAAUACAGUUGGCAGUUGUAAAUGUGUUAUGUGCAAUUAGAAUAAACAAUAUCCUGUAGCUCCUCUUUCUAGCUAGUUGGUCGCUAUGCAUGGUUUGUUGUUUAGGUCAUUGUUUCAUUGUUUGUGGCUUCUGCCUUCAACAAGGGUGCCUUUUUUAUGGCUGUAAAUAUUUGGCUGUUCAAACUAAAGUAGGCAGUUUAGUGAUUAGGUUUGCACAACAUAAGAAAAAAUUAAGUUUUGCCAUGUUAGUGAUGUGAAAUUGCAAAAGUAGAACCUCUUAGAGUGUAAUUGAAGUACAAAGUUUAUUCUAAAGUUUUGUGGGUAUUGUUUGCUGUUGUGUUUGUCUGCAUAACUGAAACAUUGUUAGUGUGUCAUUUUAAUGUGGCAGUAGUUGUGAUAGUCUGAAACCCUUUCCUUUUCUGGUUGUGAGUUAUUUAUUUAAUUUUUAACCUGAACCUGUUUCUGAAUCCCUUUGUGUAAAUAUUCUGUGUGGUAUAUGUUUCACCAGAUUUAAUUUGUUGGACUCUUAAAUAUGACACUUUUGCUGUAAAUGUCCAGUUUGGGCUCUUUAAUCUGGCAUUUUUGAGUUAAGAAAAUUCUGUAAUCUGUUGUAAUCGAGCUACUUGCUUUUUAACUAUUUUUUUUUAGGUGGACUUGGAUAUUUGUUAGAAUUUUCAAAAUCUAACAAUAACCACUAACUUGCACAAUACUAAAAUUUUUUUUAACUGAAAUUAUUAUUUUUUUCUUGUAGAAGAGAAUAGAAUCACUGAUGCAACAUGGUAUUUGAGACUGUUUUUUAAACAUUAAGCCCACGUGUUAUUUUUUCCUGCCAUAGAGAGCUAAUUACAACUUAUUUUAAAAAUUAUUGUACUGCAUAUGAAUUUUUCUUUGUUAUUCUAAAGUAUAUUAACGUGGAUAACCUGGAAUAAUUGCUAAUCCAGCAUAGUGGCUGUCAUGAAUGUGUCAAAUUAAAAAGCCCUUACUGUAACAAGUGCCGCCACAGGACUGACCAAUGGGUAAAUAUAAAGUGAGCGCUUUACUAUUUACCAAGAACUGCUGUAUUGAGUCUGCUAAGUACUAUGUGUAUGUGCAACAUUCAGUUACCAUUGUGAUAGCAUUGGGCCUGUCUGCUGGAGUAGUGCGAGAGUGGUGUGGUAAGAACAUAUAUAUAUAAUAUAUAUAACAUAUACUAUAAUAUAUUUUUUGACUGUGAUGUUUUACUAUGGAUGCUCAUUCCUUGUGGUAGACUUUAUAAAAAAACAUUGACUCAGCCACACAACCGUCACAUUUGAUGACAAUUAGAACAGAGGUGAUUUUUUCUUGAAAAAAAAAAAAAUCAUUUAGAGGAAGGGAAAAUUAAGGGAUCCUGCCAACGUUGCCAAAUAGACUUCAAGAAUAGAAUGAAGAAAGUAUACCAAGCUUUUUUUUUUUAAAUGUACUGUUUUCCGAGUCACUCAAAGUGGUUGGAAAGUUGUGUACCGUGGUUGCCACUCGGAUCCUGUACGGACGUGGCAUGAACGCGAGCUGUGCAAUUGGUCUCGCUGUGUGCUUAGAAAGCCGUUGCGGCAGACUUAAACUUCCUGCGUGGCACUGUGCUUACGAACCGUGUACUUGGAGACUGUCAAAUGGUGGUCUACCCAUAGUGGCCUGGACUGAAACCUUUACGACGACCGGCAUUCACCUUGACUUAGCGUUUUAAAUAUUGACAUUGUAUAGUGUUUUUAUAUUUUAAGAAAAAUUAUAAGAAUUAUUAAUAUCAUUUCACUCCAUUUCAGUUCAAUUUGAUUUCAUUUUUGAAAUUGUGCAUUAUAAAUCUACAAAAAAAAAAAUAAUCCUAAUGCCUAAUAGUAAUAAUAAAACUAUUUUAGUCAGGGGUUGUGUAAUCAUUUCAGUCAGUUAAGAGAAAUAUUUACUUAUGUUGUGAAAACUAUCAAUGCGCAGCAAUUUGUUUUUUCAACAUGGGGUAACUUGUACUUUGCACUUGCUUUAUGGCUGUUUUUAACUAAACCUAGUUAUGUUUUGUGAUUGUUAUAGAGAAGCUAAUGAUUGUUAAGUAAUUUAGGCAUUGAGUUGUGAAUAUGUUGUGUUUGCUGUAUAGGUUGCAAUGCUGGGAAUAUUGGUAAUUGCUCAGUUCAAGUUCUGUAAAAAAUAGGUUUUUUAAUUCCUAGAUUUUCUGUUUACUUCUAGAAGUUGAUUCUGAGAAUUUUUGGACACGAAUGCUCAAAUUUGUUGUUUCUCUUCCAAAUGUUUAAUUCGGAGUUGGAACGUAACUUAACGUUAAAGAGUUUUGAUUUAUCCUCGUUGACUCUCGUUAGCAGCUAAUUUUUUUUUGUCGAGAUGUGUCGGUAGCUGCAGCGGCUGGAACCAAACGCCGAACACUGCCACGGUGUGUGAAACAUUCCACAAGCGAGUGCAAAGUGCCGGUGGUAGUAGUUUCCCAAGUGGCUUGAUGGUCAGCGUAAAGUUGGGUUUUUGUUUGUGCAUGUGUGUUGUGUUCAUGUUGAAUGGUGAGGCCAGUUGGUUACAGUAUUUACAAUACGUCAUGAUUCGUUUGGAUUGAAGUUUUUUUUUUGUGUAUUAAAUAUUUGUAUUGACAUGUUGGUUGUUUGUCAUAUAUAUGUUAAUUACUGUUGCUAUUCUUGCUUUUUUUUUUUUACAUUAGAAAAUAAGGAUUAUGAAUUUUCACAUUUAAAAGGUUGUAUUUCAUCAUAUUUCAAAGCUGGUGCAGAUAAAAUCAUUAACUUAUGCACUUUUCUUGGUUGGUUUGUUUUAAAUUUUGUAAAAAAUUUAAUAAAAUAAAUUUAUUUCAUGAAUAAUUACAAUUUAUCCAUUAUUAAAAAUAAAAUUGGUUGUAUGUGGAGAUUUAUAGUUGUAAUCACAUAAAAAAAUUGAGAAAUGUAUUAGUAUUUCUGCAAUUGUAAUCUCUUCCUUGCAUUCUACUAUGUACUAGUUAGGAUAAGGAAAUGGAUUUGUCAAAAUGAGUACAACCAGUGUCAGUUAAUUGUCUUAGGCUGCUUAAUGUGUUCCUUACAUAAAAUGUUUAUAAUGUAAUAAUGUAUCCAAGAUAUUGGUUAUUCUGUUCACUUUGUAAUUACUGUUUUAUCUUAUUUCAGAGUUUCAUAUUCAUGUACCUUCAGGUUUUACUUAAAGAGACUGAUGUUAUCACACACUGAAAACCAUGUAUCAUGGGCGUAGCCAGAUUUCAGUUUUGGGGGGGGUUUACAAAAUAAAAUGACAAAACAAUGCAACAUUAAUAUACACGUGAAUAGAAAGUGCAUACUGCAUACACAAUUACACUUAUAGAAUUAUUCUUCUGUUUUUCAUUUUGAAUAUGUCCACUACUUCAUCCGCAUCUAUUUCUGCCCCAUAGUGUAUAUUCAUAAGAGCCAAACCGUUCAGUCUGUUUUCACUGGUUGUGUUGCGUAAGUAGUUUUUCAGUCUCCUUAGGCUUGAAAACGUCCUUUCUGGGGUAGCAGUGGAAACAGGUAUGGUAGCCAAAAUUUGUAGCAAUGUGUAAACAUUUGGAUAUAGUUUUUGAUCGCACUUAUCUAGGCAUUCCAAAGCAGAUUUUGGAGUAGGGGAGGUGUUUGUCAUCACUGCUUUCCACACAUCUAGUUCUGCUUUGACUACAGAUGUACUUCUUUCGGGAAGCACUGAAGAGUACAUACAAACUGCCUCUUCAAUUUCAGAACUGGCUGCGAAAUUUGAUGGCAAGAUACCAGAAAGUGCAGUCACUACUUUACGGUGCUUCGUAAACCUUUCGUUCAAUUGUUGAAUGGUAUGGUCAAGGAAUGGGAUGAAGAAAUUUAUUUUGUAAUGCGAGCAUGUAUCAGACGCAGGAAUGUUUGAGCGGUUCAACUGCCUUCCGACUAUGCGUGGCAUCUGCAGUAUACCGCCAUUUUCUUCGAGCAAAACCUUUGCUUCUUCAAAAAUAUGAGGAUACUCGUCAUCAACUUUAUUCCUCAGAAGUUGCAAGGUAUUAAUAACAUCAUCCACAUGGCUGAAUGCUGUAAUCAGGUCGGUGUUAGCUGUUUGCAGCUGUUUGGAUAACGACAAUGUAUAGCUCAUGACUUUCUCAAGAAUCACUAAGGACAUCACAAAAUUCGAAGAUCGAAGUGUGUUAAGCAUUUGGACGGCUUGUUGUGAUGUUUCCUUAUUAUGGCUAGAUUGGAGUUCUUCGAGAGCAUUGACAAUCGCUGGAUAAAUUUCUUUGAAUCUCAUGACAGCUUCAUGCUUGUUGACCCACCGUGUUUCGCACAUUACAAGCAGGCUUUUUUGGUGAUCGGCGGGUAACAACUCUCGAAUUUUGUCUUUCAAAACAGCAGUGCGUUGAGCGGAAUGUCUGAAAUACGAACCGACAGACUGUACAAUCCCAACACAAUUUCGGAUAUCUGCUUGUGAACAUGAGUCAGCAAUUGCAAGGUUGAGAGAGUGUGCACUACAGUGUACAUAAAGAGCAAGAGCACAUUCUCGACGAACAUAAGCUUGGGCCCCGUGCAAAUACCCACUCAUAGCUGCAGCCCCAUCGUAACCUUGACCAACCACAUGAGAACACUCAAGCCCAUGCUUUUUCAGAGCUGUAAUAAUUAGAUUUGCUAGGCCGGAUCCUGUGACAUCAACAGUAGGAAUGUACUCGAGAAACAUCUCCUUAACUUUAUGAUGUUCAACAUCCUUCAAAUCAACAUAUCGCAAACACAGCGAGACUUGCUCCACACGCGAGAUGUCAGUAGUUUCGUCAGCGAGAAUAGCAAAUAAUCGGGCUUUCUUUACUUCUUCGAUUAUCUUAUGUUGAAUUAUUUCACCACAAAUGUCUAUUAUUUCAUUUUGGAUCUGAGGGCUUGUGUAAAGAGCAUUCUUCUGAGAAGUGGCCAAAUGCUCAGAAAGAUCUUUAUCCCCAGACUCAGCUCCGUACCGCAACAGUGCCCGAAAAUUACCAUCAUUCUGCAGUGGUUGAUCAGGCUCUGGUACAAUCCGCCCAGAAUCUAUUUUACCUCUUAAUGGGAUGCCUUGUUUACCGCAAAAAAUUAUUCCUUUUACGAUAGGGAUUAAUUUCUUUCGGUUUUCUUCUUGCUGCCUCUUUCUCUCAGAAGACAACUGCUCACUGACUGAAAAAGCCUGCAAAGAUGUUACUUUAAGAAAGUUUUCUGCAAGUUCCAAAUUUCUCUUGUGAUAUCCUGUUUUUGCAUGAGUUUCAAAUAUUUCUAAUGCAUUUUUCCACUUGCAGAAUGGCUCGGUUACAAGCUGGCCAAUUCGCUGAUGGCUGCCUUUACCUUCAAGUGAACGUCCCAUUACAACACAAAUUCUGCAGAAUGCUCCACUUUUAUAUUCAGAAUAUGACAACCAGGGGAAUCUCUCUAUCCAUUUAAGUUGAAAGCGCAAAUUUCGUUUUGUGGAAAUGGGAAACUUAUAAUCUUUGGGUGGGGUCCAAGGGACUUUUAAAAUUUGGACUUUUAUAUAUUCAUUCACCAUUUCAUCUUGAUUCGAAUAAAAACCAACGUCCAGUUUAGCUACAGGAUGAGAUGAUGAUGAAACAGGCAAGCUGGUCGGUUCCUGAAUAAACGUAGGCUGGUUGGUCGUACCCAUUAAACAGGCUGCAGGCACCACUGACUCGAAUUCGUCGUUAGAUACUGUAACUGAGGUCACAGGUGCCACUGACUCGACUUUGUCGUUCGAUUCUGUAACUGAGGUCGAAGGCUCACUUGCCACCACAGUCUCAUUACCAGCAGCGCGCAAGCUUGUUGUAGUUUCAGUAGCCAAAUGUGUUUCCUUACUGGAAACCGCUUGACCACACCACUUUUUCCAGUAGUCCAUACCCUUAAACUUAUCGCCUUUUCUUUUUUUUCCCUCCAUUUCUCGACAACAUGAAACUCGUACCUAGAAAGAAAAAUAAAAAUUACAACUAAAUAAUAAGAGUUAAUAUUAAAAUUAAUGUAACUGAAAUUAUUCAUUAAGUACAUUACAGCAACAGUGCUAUGUGCUAACCGCGCGAGUCGUCUUUAGGGAGGAAAAUAAAAUAAAGUGAUGUCUCUCAUCCAUUCAUGUGUAAUCAUAAUAGUAAAAAAAUAUAUAAAUUAUUACCCAAUUAAAUGGUUGUCUGUAAUGUCAGUUUAUGGACGGUAAUUUUACGUGAUAAUGUCAUAAGAAAACAUUGAUGAAAAAUUGCAUACUUUUAUGAACUGAAUUGAAUUAUUAUAUCACUGAAUUAUCAUUAUUUUGUAUAAUACAAAGAAGGAGUAAGUUGUAAAUUACAUUUUUUUCGAUAAAUGUAACAUUUAUUCGCACUCGUUAAUUUUAAGGUUUUUUUAUUUUUGUAAUAAACAAUGUAAACCACGACAAUGGAAACACUCGGCUCAAACGGAAUGGGACACUUUUUCGUUCGUGCAGCCAGCGUUCAUCGAGGUAUAAGACAUUAUCACGUCAGAAAUAACAUUAAAGAACAUUGCAUUUGCUAUGUAUACUAUUAAUUAACAUUCAAUAUGGAAAAAAAAAGAAACUUUUUUUACGACAUCAUUACAAAUCUUUCUAGAAUUUUCUCUACUAUAAUAUGCAUGUAUAAUACGGCCAAAUAUAGCUUACAAAUAUUUACGUCACCGAAUCAUGAAAUUUCUUGCAUUAAUUUGUGCAGCCAAAUUUCACUUAACCCGCACUGUUUUACUGUAUUUUGGCAUAACAAACCACUUUUCACAUAUUAUUUGUUCAAAAUUAAGCUUCCCCUAAUGCGGGAGACGCUAAAAGUUUCAAAGGAACAAAUCAAAACUUUUUGAUGUUUUAAAGUCUCAGCAUGCCAUGGGCCGCGGCACUAUUAAGCUGGAAUCACAAUGCCACGACGGGUCCGACACGACAGGCCCGACAAACCGUCGUACAGCAUUGCAGCACGACAGAUUUAAUAGCCUAGGGUCACAAUGCCACGACAAUAUUCAACCCGACGAUUUCUGAUUUGGCUGUCGGCAAAUCGUUCCAAACAAAUUAUUUUCAUAAAAUAAAGUAUAUCUGACGUUUAAAAAAAUAAUUGAAAGAGAAACAGAUGAUGCUAUUACAGCCCAUGCUUUUUUCUCGCUAUUUGUUAGGAUAAUUAUGGCAGUUUUUCAACCUAAUGCCUUACAAAAUAGAUUCAGCCUUAACUUUAUUAAUAUUUAGUUAUUCGCUAAACUCAUUCAUUAUUAAAUUCAAACUUCACCAAUCUACAAUAACAACUUUAACCAUAAACACGAUUAAAUUUGUACAAACAGAUGAAGGCAAGAUAUAAAACUCACUCGCAUGUUAAACAAAAUUACGAAGUAGGUAAAUAUUUUUGAAAUUUAGUUCCGUACUGUUUCCUUUCCGUUGCCGUUUUGUUUUCUGUCGGGCCGUACGACACGACGGAAUUAGAAAUAAAAUCUAUUCGUUGCGGGCCGUCGGGGUGCGUUUUCUGACGGAGUGACGUCACGGUGACAUUGCAUUUCAUUGGCUAUUGAGCUUGUCGGACCUGUCGUGUCGGAGCCGUCGUGGUAUUGUGAUUCCAGCUUUAUUCAAACAUUUGAAAUGCCGCCCGCCGCGACGAGGACCAGUCACAUGCAGCGAGCCCGAAACUCCAAACAAAGCCGUUACUGAUUCAUAGUUUUACAAAACACAAGGUUAUAAAAAACGUAAUUUUACUCUUAUAUAAUUAAUAUUAAAAUAGAAUUAGCAAAGUUUUCUAAGCGAAAUCAGCAAACAAAAAAAAAAUAAAAAUUUGAUGUAAACAAAACAACUUUCUAAUCCACGAUGGCUUCUCGGCGACUGGAACUGUUCACCGAAUGAAGUUUCGAAUUUCUCUAAAGGUGUAUAUGUAUAUUACGAUAAUAUACCCUUACAGCCUUAACAUAAGUUGAGUAGUUUAGAAGAUCUAGGCGUACAGAGUUGCAAACUAACAGCUAUAGAGACAACCAGACAAAAGCGGGAAGCGAAUUAAUUUUAUAGUAAGUAAAGAAGAUUACAAUUUACUUACUCCUGUAAUAUGGCCAGUGGCCACUUAAGUUACUCGACGUGAAAUCACAGCCAGAGCAAUGAUCACACAAAUAACUAUGUCCAAUUGUCCACACUUCACAGUACACGGUACACAGAUUCAGUGAUCGGUGGCAAGGGAUCGGUGGAGACUGGCGAUAGCCGAGCUGAUUGCACGCAACGGAUGCAUGCGCGGCGCGGGUUACAACACGAAAUCAAGUCUAAGGUUACCAAACGAAUACGAUGAUGCGGGCAGUGUCAUUGGAUAAUCGGCGGCGUGCGGCGGCAGCGCGGCAUGUUCAAAACAUUGUUGUAAUAGUGAGCAAUUACCGUGGAACAAGUGUUAAUAUUUCAGUAUAUAUUAAUGAGAUAUUUUGAAUAUUUCGGGGGGGGUUUGAACCCCUAAAACCCUCCCCCUGGCUACGCCCCUGCCAUGUAUAGAAUUGGUAUUUAUGCUUAGUUCUUGGGAUUUGUCAGCAAGUGUCAUAAAGAAAUUUGGAAUGGGACUUUGGUCGAGAAUUCAUGUUAUACUCCAACAUUUUCUCUUUAUUUACUCUGGAUAGCAGGAAAAAAUUUCAUGCUGCUGCAUGAUUCAGGGAAAAUUAAAUAUUUUUUUUUUAGGUAAAUAGCAAAAAAAUUAUAUUUAUGAAAGAAAAAUUAAUUAAAUUAAUGUUACAAAUAUAAUUUUUUUUCUGGUUAAGGUGUGUACAGACUGCAAUUGGUUGGGCACUUAAUUCAUUUUCAGCAGGCUGGAGCAUGUAUGUAUAUUCCCAAGUAGGACAAAAAUAAUUUUCUGUAUAAAAAAUAUAUUUUUAGUGUUUUCGAUAGAGUUCCACAAAUUGUAAUAAGCAUUUAUCAAAACACGAAAUAAAUGCAUGUUAAUAAAAUUAAUUGAACAGCUAAUAGCUUAAGAGAAAAGGGGGGAAGAGUGAAUUUGGAUAUGACCUAAAUGCAGUAGGUAUGUGAUAAAAUUAAUUGAAUGUGGUAAGUAACGUGAAUUGUACAUUUGUUCUUUCUAUCAAAAAAGUAAAAGCCUUCUAUAUGGAACUAUCUGCCACAUUUGAAAUUUUCUACGUAUUAUCUUUGGCUAAGUCUAUUCAAAUGAUAAAUAUUAUGAGAUAUUUUAAAUUAUUUAUUUUUCAAACCCAGACAUAGUCCAUAAUUAUAAUAAUACACAGAAAAAUCUAUAUAUAUUAAUUUUAAGCCUCGCAUUGAUUCUAUUGAAUUUAAUUAGGGUAAACAAUUGUGGACAUUCUCCAUUGCAGAUCAUUUGCCAAUUGAAAAACCAGGAUGCAGCACUUACAAAUGAUUUAGAUUAUGAUGUUGCUAGUGAAGUGUAGCAUUUAUUUUGAAUCCACACAUUUGUAGGGAAAAACAUUAUAUUAAAUUUCCUAUGGGGUUUUGCGUAAGUUGCAAUUAGGGUUGCAUACAAAGGCAUUAUUUUUUUAACACCUUGCAAGAAAAUGUGACUUACUGGAAAAAAAAAAUUGGAAAUAAAUUGUGUGAACAGCCUUUCAAGCAUAAAAAUAUUUCAGAUACUCAACCAAGCUUUUGUACAAAGACUAUAUUUUAAAUUUCCAAUUUUCCAUGAUUAAUAUUUUUACUACAGCUGACUGUCUUGUCUGUGGUCUGCUAAAAAAUUUAGGCCUGUAAAUAUUGCGGGAAAAAAAAUUUCCUUGCGGCAUCCUGUAAUUGUGAUACACUGUGGUACCUUUUUUUUGUUUGUGCUGAAAUGAGGGUAAAUAUUAUUAGUUUGUUUAACUGUUUAUGAAGAGAAGAGUUUUUGAUGAUUAUUUUCUUUUACAGCUCAUGAAUAGACUGGUAAUGUGAACAUGGCAGAGAAAGGUUGUGGGCAACUAGGCAACAGAUGUUGCUUUCCGAGAGGAAUUAAAAGGCUGCCGCGACUCAGUUGUUACUUGAGCGAAGUGAAGGUUUUUUUUCUCCAUUUGAUCAACCUGCAAAGUUUUUGCUUGAAUCUUUCUUACCGGACUCUGCAUGCGGCACUAAGCAUCGUAUCACUAGCUACUAUAAAAUUAAAUGGUUAAACUCGUUAAUUGCAAGUGAUACGAGAGCUUGGACAGUGAAGGAGAGAACCAUAGAGACAGAGAGAAGGUAACGGUAGGAUGAUUGUGGGAAGACAUAGGUACAGAGGCUAAAGAGGAAGUGAAUGGAAACUACCUAGCAGGCAAGCAGAUGUGGAAAUGAUAAAAAGGAAAGUAGGAGGGGGGUGCAUAGGAUAGGGGUGGUUGCCUCAAGUAGGGGUCUCGGGGAAUGUUUGACCAUCAAACCUAAUGAAAGACGUAAAGGUGGGGUGCAGGAAAAAUCCUUUCUGGCUAAAAAUUAUUUUACUUUUUGUUGGCUUUCCUGCAAAGUGGAUUUUUUUAAAAAUUAUUUAUUACUUUUCAUGUGGCCCCCAUUUCUGUUGCAGCCACAUGACACUCAUUGGAUUAAUUUAUCGCUGCAGAAUUUCUUGGUCGAUGCUGUAAUGAAUUGUGUUGAGUUUGUUGGUAUAAAUUUCAUUAUCAUAAUCCCACAGUGUUAAAUAUUUCCACAUACAGGUGUAUGCCAUAUUAUUAAUAUGCUAUUAUAAAUAUUAUACUAUUACCUUUCUGAAAUCUGUCAAAUUACAAUAAAGUUAUAUUUAAAUAGAGUUUGAAGUAUGUAUGUACUUUAAUGAUGAGGUCUGUGGAGAUCUUCUAAACUUCAAAUAUCAAAACAAUUUAUUAUUAAAUGAAAACAUUUUAAUUACACUUUAAAAUUAUGUAUAUUUGUUUUUUAUUCUAAGCGUAGUUUCGUAUCACGUUGUGCUGCAAUUAAAAUUGAAGUUGAGUCACUGCUGAACAAAAUAAAUGUGUACAUCCCAGUUUCAAUAUAUUAUAAUGGGCCUGAUGUAAGUACCAGGGUUAUUUAUUCAUGGCCACAGUUAACAGCAGAACUGCAGAACUUAAGAUUGGGAGACAAUCUAUGAUGCAGAAAUAUUUUGAUAAUUUGAGAACAAGGGAAGCGAUUAAUAAGCUGUUUGCACCCACUGGAAAAAAAAAUCCCUAAAAAUUUGAAAGCAUACUUUUUUUUAUAGUUUAAAGUAUUUAUAACCAUUGAGGUGAAAUAUAAUGUAUAAUAUUUUUUAAAUAAUGUCUUUUAACUAUUGUCAAAAAUCAUGAGAAAAAAAUUCUCUUAUUAUUUUAGUUUGAUACCUGUUUUGUAUUCAAAUUUGACUGGAGAAAAAAAUGGUGUUUUCAGAUGCCUUAAUAAGAAAAUCUUCCUGGAAACUUGAUUUUAAUACCUUAAUGUUUGUGAGACACUGAAGUGUAAUAUUAUUGCUGCUAUACAAUGUCCCCUGUAAAUUGCUUUUUUCUUAAUACAGUAAAUAAAAAAACUGAAGAGAGAAGUUCGAGGUACUGAUGUGUCUUUCCAACAAAAAACAGAUGCAGUGAAAAGUACUAGUUAGCCAGUUGUUGACUUAACUUUCAUGUAUGCUAUUUCGUGCAGUGGAGUGUAACUUUGUUUUUUAACUUAAAGAAUUAAUUUUUAAAUGUAGAUUAUGAACAUCUAAAUAAUGUUAAUACAUACUUUAUUUUUCUGUGUUUGGCUGAAAUCACAAAUUUUUGUGAAAGAGUACUAGUUUCUUUUAAAUAAAUUUUACUUCCAAAAUGUUUGUUAGUAAUGUAUAAGUAUACAGGAUUGCAUCUCAAUUUUCUUGAAUCUGAAUCACAAAGAGUUCCUUGAACUAUUCCUUGAAUCAAAUAUAGGUGUCAAGGGUCAAAAAUAAAAUGUCCAAGAAAUAAAACUAUAUUUACUAUGAUGUUAAAACAUUCAACCUUUUAAAUGUGUUUUUUAAACAUACAUACAUAUUAAAUAUGGGCUACAAGAUGUUGCGGAAUGGUAAUAAAAUGAUUACUAAGAAAAACAUAAACAGGCCUAAAAAAAAUUCUGGGUUUUUAGUGUAUAAUUUAUAUUAUAUUUCCUCCAUUAUUUUUUCAAAAAUUUUUCUUCUCAAAUACAAAAUAUUUCAGAUACUAUAUUUGAUGGUAUUGGAGGGUUCAAAGAUUCAACCAGCCCAUCCCUAUUUCCAAGGCAAAGUAGUUAAUAAGAUCAAACUUGGGAGUGCCAUACAUUUUAAAGAACUGCCUUCCAAAACCUGUAGUAAACUGUAGGGUGCUUCACCAUACCUAAAAACCUGAUUCCUUAUACAUACAUGGUGUAAGAAAACUAGUUUAUCUAAAACUUAUGCAAAAUUGUAAUAAUUCUAACUUGAAACUUACUGCAGUUCUAAGUACAUUGGGCCUAUAUUUAAGUUAUAACUGAAAAGUUUAUUUAAACUGAUAGUUGGUGAACAUAUGCAAAAGGCAUUGAUGGAUAUUGCUUGAUAUUGAUGGUUAGAUAACUUAUUUUCAUUAUAAAAUAUAUAUAAUAUAGUGAAAAAAGUUUUUAAAACAAUUUCCUGCUCCGUGCCAUUAUCAUUUUUUUAACCUCUUGUAUGCAUUUUUGCUUUUUCCGUCUUGCACGCAGAUAGCAUUUUGUGCCAUGUUUGCACUUAGUCUGUGACAGUACGGUGCUUAAAUUUGAGGCUGUGUUUCACCCGCCAUGUUGAAUUUUUGAUUUCUUGCUAGUUUCCGAUUUUUAAAAAGAAAUAUUUCAAAAUUGAGAUUUUAGAAGUACGUAAUUUUAUUAGUUUCCUACAACUUGAAAACUCAAAAAAAUAAAUUUCUAGUAAUUGUAUCAUAAUGCAACUGGUCAUGUGAAAGUUAUUAUUAUGUAUGCUAUUUACUGUAACUUUUUACAAAUAUAUUUGGUAACAGAAUUUCCUUCAGAACACAAUGCAGUGUUGAUACAGUACAAUGGAACAUCUGUAUAAAUUUUAGAUCAAAUAUAAUGGUAUGAAAACACAUUAAUGCAAUAUGGCGGGUGGAGCGGUGCCCUGUGUUCUCCGUUUUGUGUUUGGUCAGUGUUUGUCCGAGUCAUUGUACAAGUUUCUCCGUGUUUUUCACAUGCUGAUCGAUAAGAUCGUAACUCUGCUCUACUAGGGUUAUUGAGUCUGGCAACACUACGCUCUCAUUUUGUGCACAAUCCCAUACAGAUGCAGUGAUUCAGUAAAUGGUGAAAUUUGUGAAGUGCAGUAUUGAAUUGUCUUGCGCAAUGCUCAGAAAUGUAUCUCAGUGAUACUGAGCAUGAGUGGGAAGAGAUUUGUUUCGGUGUGCUUAUUCAGUUCAGAAAAUGUGAGUGAGAAAUGCUUCAUGUGUGUACAUAAUUGUUUGUGAUACUUAAUUGAGCGUUAUGAUUGAGUUAUCUCAUUUGUAGCACUUCUGCCACAACUUGUUAUGGCUGUGUCAGUUUUCAAAUGUUAAGUAGUUUUUUUUUUGUUGGUGUUAAAGAUGGCGAUGUGUCCAAGACAUUAGUGGAGACAUAUUGGUCAGGUUUCCUGGUCUGUGAUUUUGUUGUAAAGUUUGCCACUUGGGAGCUAACUGAUGUGUGUUUUGAGUAUUUCAGAGUUUUGUUCUGUGUUUAUAAUAAAAAUGAUUUUCAACUGUCUCUUAGAAAUUUGUAAAGCUUAUAAAAUAUAAAAAAAAAAUAUAUUAUUAUAUGCAUGCAGCAAAGAAAA